GAUCACCCAACAAAUCCGAAGCCUCUUCAUUACUCGCAUUCAAAUCUGUCUCGCUAUCUUUCGUGCAAAACUGCUAGGCUAUCAACAUCUCAUUCCUGCCGACGUAGCUAAAAUCCUCAAAUCAGCCCACAAAACUACCUCUGAGUUCGAUAGAUUGCAGCUCCAGUUUGCCAAGUAAGGAUCAUCAUGUCUAACAACGUUUAUAAAAUCAAGUAUACCAUCUCUAUGCCAGAUCCCGAUAUGCCAAGUCCGAGGUACCACAAUGUUAUCUUUGUGCAAACGCAGGCCGAUGGUGAUGGAAUGAUUCAUCACGUUACGGGCGACAUCACCUCUGGAAUGCGUUACGAUACAAAGCCAGGCAAGCGGCCCGAAGUGUCGGACACAUUCUUCGCGAAGGAAUUCCUUGGCACAAUAAAAGCAACCGACUAUCCUCAUGAAAUGAAUCGAGUUCUGGAGGCCCAGCCCCCGCCCCCAAAACAAAAGCACUUCAACAUUGCUACCAUGAAGACGGAGCAAAUGAAACCUGACGGCUCAUUCUACAAGCCGGGGGAAGCUCGACCGCCGAUGAUAAAGUGCACAGAGUGGACUGUCAACUGGAUAUAUAGGAAGCCCCUGACUGGAGACAGAGCUCUCCAGUCCUUAGUCAAUGUACUGUCAUGCUGGAUUACUACUGUUGAUCUCUUGUAUUGUGGUUUGAGCCGUCAUGACCUGCACCACGACCAAUUACUUAUAUCCGCGAACAAUCCUCCCACAUGUUAUAAGUAA